AUGCUAAUAACAUCGCUACUAUUAAAAAAGCAUAACUACGUUUACUUCGUUAUUAUCGAUACUACUAUCGCUAACCUUAACUCUUAUAACACCUCUACUAAUAAGGAACUCCUUACUAAGUAUAACUCUAGUAGUAAGAUCGGUACCUACUAUAAUAAGGCUAAAGCUAUUACUCGCGUUAACGAUAACUUCUAUAACUACCUCUUACCUCCUUCUUUCGUUAAGGAUAAGGAUAAGGAGGGUUUUAUUAAGACUCCUUAUAUGUUAUUUACAUAUGCUCUACCUAUGCUAUCUACUAAUAAGAAAAUAGCUAAACGUCCUAGAUCUGCUUAUAAGACUACUUAUGCCUCUACCCGCCUUCGUAGCUAA